UAGAAAUUUUCUCAUCAGAUCUAAAUUAUAUAAAUAUGGGUUUAAGAAAUCUCCAAUAUGUAGAUCAUCACAAUACUAGGUCUACUUUUAUUGAAUGGCUCAAGCCUUCUUCUUAUUCUUCUUCUUCUUCUUCAUGUGUGACUCAACAAGUUGAGCUUUGGAAUCCAAAGAUGAUGAUGAGUAUGUUAAACUUGCCUCUCCUAUACCAAAAAUCACAACAUGAAACCAUCCAAUGCUUGCCUCUUCUCAACCGCCUCCCAGAGACUAAAUCGAUUGUAACAGAAGAUGAAGAUCGUAACGAAGGAAUAAAGCAAAAGAUCAAGCAGGAGAAAGUCACGGUUGCUUUGCACAUUGGAUUGCCUAACACUCAACCAGAUUACUCAUUAGAGAAGAAAGAUCCUAAGGAAAAACAAACUUUUAACUCACAAACUCGAUUUUGGAUCCCAACUCCUGCACAGAUCUUGGUUGGCCCCAUGCAGUUUGCUUGUUCCAUAUGCAGCAAGACCUUCAAUAGAUACAAUAAUAUGCAGAUGCAUAUGUGGGGACAUGGAUCUGAGUACAGAAAAGGAGCAGAUUCUCUGAGAGGAACACAACCAGCAGCAAUGCUAAGGUUGCCAUGUUAUUGUUGUGUCCAAGGUUGCAAGAACAACAUCAACCAUCCACAAGCCAAGCCGCUCAAGGACUUUAGGACAUUACAGACUCAUUACAAGAGGAAACAUGGUGUGAAACCCUUCAUGUGUAGGAAAUGUGGAAAAGCUUUUGCAGUAAAAGGUGAUUGGAGGACACAUGAGAAGAACUGCGGGAAGCUUUGGUAUUGCACUUGUGGUUCGGAUUUCAAGCACAAAAGGUCCUUGAAAGAUCAUAUUAGAUCCUUUGGUAAGGGUCACUCUCCUCACCCUUCUCUUCAAGGCUUUGAGGAUACUGCUGGAUCCGAGGAUGAAUACACCUCU